UGGCAUCCUCUUUUAGGUGGAUUGUGGAUAAUGAACUUCUCAGAAAAAAUCAUUUAACCUGCCCUGAUGAUUACAUCACUGAUAAAUUACCUGUUGCUAGAGCACCAAAAGGAAAAUCAGAACCUGGCUACAUCAAAGAGACAUUUAGUUUUAAACAGCAUGUUUCUUCAGGCUCACGAGACCAGAGGCCUGCAGGGAUUGCACACCAACAGAAAAUAUCUGGGAGUCUGCCAAAUGUGUCUUUAUGCACAUUAACUGAACCUUCACCUCCAGACUCCAGCCACCAGAUUAAAAAGACAAGUAGGAAAACUCGUGCCUCCCAGAAGAAGUUACCCUGGAAAGAUACGAAGUGCAAAGCAGAGGGAGAAAGAGAGCGUGCUUACCUCGCCAAACUUGAGAACAGACAGGAUUACUUGAAGAACCCCCGCUUUUUCCCGCCAAAUGCUCUUCAUGGAGGCAAAUCCCUUGUCAUUUCUCAAGAAAAGGUGGAACAAACCAUAGCCAGAAGCAAAGCAGAAGAUAUUAAAGGCGGUACCUCGUUUGUUCCUUUGUUUCUUGCCAAUCCACCUACUGUUUUGUUUUCUGAUUAUGAAGUUGGUCAGGUUUAUGAGAUGACUAUAGAGCUGCAGAACAUCACUUCAACGUGCCAUCCUGUAAGACUUAUCCCCCCCUCCACUUCAGCAUUUGCCAUUGGGCCAGGACAAUUUCCAGGAAAGGGAGGACUGGUAGCUCCUGGGAUGACAUGCCAGUAUACAGUCCAAUUUAUUCCUGAACAGCUAGGAGAUUAUGAAGAUUGUAUAUCAGUGGAGACUCAAGUAUCAGAACCUCUUCUGAUCCCGAUUAAAGCUAGAAGAUCACCUCCAGUGUUAACAUUGCCUCACAUUAUAGACUGUGGUUCCUGCCUCGUUGGAGGAAUAAAAGUAACAACAAUUCUGUGCAGAAAUGGGGGAACUAGCACUGGGAAGUUCUCCAUAAUGCCAAAGAAAGCCUGGCCAACUCCUAAUUUCAGGGCUGUUGCCACUGUUGAUUUUGUGAUACAGGAUCCUUUUGGGAUCCAUCCUGCUGUUUUUGAGCUAGCUCCAGGGCAGAGUACCACAGUAGAGGUGGUGUUUUUCCCUUCUUUACCAGAAGUCUCACAGCAGACAUACACCAUUGUUUGUGACGGUUGCCAAGUCAAGGAUGUUACAGUCACAGGGGUUGGAGAGCUGCUAGCUCUGCAGCUUUUGUUCGUCACGGGUGGAGAAAGCAAACCUGAACCCGGUGAAGUUACUGAUGUAACAGCACAGCACCUCAUACGAUUUGACCCCCAGAACCCACACAGCACCGAGGAGAAGAAACUGGUUAUAAGAAACUCUACGCAUGUAGAACUUCCUUUCUACUGGCAGAUAAGGAAGCCUAAUCCAAAACCAUUAAUACCAGAAGAAACCACAGACUUUAUGGAGCUGAAAUCCAAUCAAGACACAGAUUCAGCCUUCUCCCUAAAUCCUGAGGAGGGAGUUUUGCUUCCCCACGCGGAUCAUGAGUUUAUUCUCACUUACACUCCACAGGAGCUGAAGCAUUAUCACAGUGUGAUGCAGAUGGUACUGAGGGACAUCUCAGAAUCACCUCGUUUAGUAAGAGAGGGGAUGCUUCAGAACAUUCCAGAACACAAAGCGGAAGAUGUUACAGCGCUGGAAAUAGAAGUUAAAGGAUCAACGGAACCGUUUCAGCUGCUUCUGGAACCAUACGCCAUUAUCAUCCCUGGAGAGAACUUUAUUGGUGUAAAUGUCAGAAAAACAUUUAAGAUGUGGAAUAACAGCAAAUCAUUGAUCAAGUACACGUGGGAGAAAAUCAUUACCUGCGACAUCGUAGAAGUGGAACCCCAUACUGGUGUCAUAGAUAUGAACGCGUGCUGUGAGUUUCAACUGACAAUUACUGGAAGCAAGGCUGGGUGCAUCGGCCACAACGUGCGGUGUAACGUUGAACACUGUCCGGAGCCAGUUGUGCUGCAUGUUGAGGCUGCUUUUAAGGGUCCGCUUCUUCGUAUUGAUGUUCCGUCACUCCACUUAGGUUUGACAAAGCCGGGCGAGAGUGUGUUAAGGACCUUUGAGAUUAAAAAUCUGUGUCAGCUGCCAGCAAAAUGGAGGAUGCAAGAAAGCCAGGUUUGUCUAGCUGAAAGGAACGAAGAGGUAUCUCCCUUUACCAUUCAACCAUCUGCUGGAGAGAUACCUCCUCUGGGUACGUGCAGCGUGUCAGUUCAGUUCACAUCCUUGCUAUGCCGGCGCCUCCAGGCAGUGUUAGAGCUAGAGGUAGAAAAUGGAGAAGGAAGUCAUCUUCCUGUUUUUGUUGAAGUUCAGACCCCCCAAGCGUGCCUGAUAUCCAGUCAUCUAGUAUUCGCUGAAAUUUAUACCGGAGUUCCUGCCAAAGCAACCAACAAACUUUUUAACCAGACGCUGCUGCCAACAAAAUACUUAUGGGGAAAGCUUAUUGGAAGUCAGGCAGCUUUCUGCUCCGUCACUGUCUCCCCAGCCAGUGGCUCCUUGGGCCCAAAUGAAGAAAAAGAAUUCUGUGUAGAGCUGUCAGCUAACGUCAUGGGUGAGCUGAAAGACCUUGUCCUUUGCUGUAGCAUAGAAGGCAUGAUUGAGCCCCUCUUUCUGAGCAUUUCUGGAGAAGUGAAAGGACUGCAUGUCACCUACUCAGUCCCUUGUGACAGUGGAGUUGCCAGUGAUGAAAGACAAAUGUUACAAAGCCCGUGUGAUCCCCUCUUGGACUUUGGAUCUGGAGUUGCGUUCAAAGAGAUAGUAAAACGUCAGCUAAUUCUUACCAAUCACACUGGAAUCAGUGCUCCGUUCGAACUAGAAGCGGAGUAUUUUACUGGCUGUUCACCUACUCCAGAACAAGGAAUCUGCCCCUCCCCGGUGAAAAGAAGAGGGCCCGUCACAAAACAUGCAGCCAGAAGAGCGCAGUCAGAGUUUGCAGCAGCAGUGCUGUCUCAUGGGAAGGGAGCAGCUUUCCAUAUACAACCUUCCACAGGAACUCUGAAAGCCUUCCAGCAGCUCAUCAUCGAAAUAACAGCUUACAACAACAUGUGGGGAGAGUACCGGGAUGACCUUGUCUGCAAGGUGGGAGACUUGCAACCUAAAUUAAUUCCUAUGCAAAUGACUGUGAAAGGAUGUCCAAUCUUCCUACAGAUGACAGGACCACACAUAGAGCAACCCAUAAUCAGGUUUGGAACUCACGUCUCUGGAGGGUGUCCUGUCGUUCGGAGGGUCCAGCUCAACAAUCCCACUCCCUUUGACAUCCGCCUGGACUGGGAAAUUUAUAACCAAGAGCAAAAUGAUGAAAAACUGGUGGACCUGUUGAUGUUCUUUGGAGACCCUUUUCCUCCUAAGGACACAGACGAAAAUGAGACCCCAUCAACUGGUACCAACUCGGAGUCAGAGAUGGUGUUAAAGUUGGAUCAAACUGCUGUUCCCGGUGGAAGCAUUUAUCCAGCUUCUCAAACCCCAGAUGAGUCUCUGGGCUCUGACGGCAAAGAGGAGAUCGUCACUCAAGAACCUACAGUUCAGAAAAUCGUCUCUGUACUUCUACGACCUCAUGAAGGGGUUCCUGCGGACAACCCCUUCUCCAUUGCUCCGAGACAGAUAGUGGUUCCAGGGGGUGGCAGCAUCUCCGUCCACAUCUCCUUCACCCCGCGCCUCCUGCCAGAGCCCGGGCCGCCAGUGCAGUGCGAAGGGUUUGCGCUGGGUUUCAUGAGCCUGGAUGACAAGCUUGCAAAGGCUGUCCCUAACAAAGUGCGUCGCAGACAUGGCCACGGAGCUCCGCCGUUACGAAUAGACUUGCAAGCCUUCACAGGAU